GGCGGCGGCGGCGGCAGCAGCAGCAGCGAUGGCCUCGGUGCUCUCCUACGAGAGUUUGGUUCACGCAGUGGCUGGAGCUGUGGGUAGCAUGACUGCAAUGACUGUGUUUUUUCCACUGGAUACUGCUAGACUGAGACUUCAAGUUGAUGAAAAACGCAAAUCUAAAACCACACACACAGUUCUGUUGGAGAUAAUAAAAGAAGAAGGCCUCUUGGCACCAUAUCGAGGGUGGUUCCCUGUCAUCUCCAGCCUUUGUUGUUCCAACUUUGUCUAUUUCUAUACAUUUAAUAGCUUAAAAGCUGUGUGGGUCAAAGGUCAUAAUUCAACUACAGGAAAAGACCUAAUUCUUGGGGUGGUUGCAGGUAUAGUGAAUGUAUUGUUGACAACUCCACUUUGGGUAGUGAACACUCGUCUGAAACUCCAAGGGGCAAAAUUUAGAAAUGAGGACAUUAUACCAACCAACUACAAGGGCAUUGCAGAUGCCUUUCAUCAGAUAAUAAGAGAUGAAGGAAUUUUGGCAUUAUGGAAUGGUACUUUUCCUUCACUGCUGUUAGUGUUCAACCCUGCCAUACAGUUCAUGUUCUAUGAAGGGCUUAAGCGGAAGAUUUUGAAAAGGCAACUGCAGCUUUCCUCACUGGAUGCAUUUGUCAUUGGAGCAAUAGCCAAAGCAGUUGCAACUACCCUCACUUACCCUAUGCAGACAGUACAGUCAAUUUUACGGUUUGGACAUCAUCGACUGAACCCUGAAAACAAGAGACUGGGUAGUCUUAAAAAUGUUCUCUACCUUCUGCAACAGAGGAUAAAGCGCUUUGGAUUAAUAGGACUCUAUAAAGGACUUGAAGCAAAGCUGCUCCAGACAGUUCUGACUGCUGCACUGAUGUUCCUAGUCUACGAAAAACUUACUGCUGCUACCUUCACUGUUAUGGGAUUAAGGCGUUCACUGAAGAACUGAUGUAUUGGCCUCUCUCCAUGACAUGUUCAUGUGUAGGAAAAGAAAAUUCCUCUGGGAAAUCAAAAUCACAAUCUUGGGAAUAAUUAGGUGCCAUAAAAUAUUUAGUGUCAGACACUAUUUCACUGUGAUCUCAUGUUCAGUGAAUUCUGAACAUACGUCUGAACGGAAGCUUGAAUAUCAGAAUUAUCUGCUGCCAGUCACUUGGAGAUUUUGAUUUAGAAAGCAAAAUGGAAAAGAGAGUUCAUUAUGUAGAUGAAAAUCUUUUAAACUUCUUGGAGGGAUUAAUUGUCUUUCUUUAUGGGAAUAAGGGUAUUCCUCAUUAUAUAUUUUUUUCCUUCAAUUUAAAUGACUGGUCCAUUAAAACUCUUAAUAGGGAACUAUGAUUUUAGUAUAACUUUUGUUUUCUUUUAUUGGCUGCAAAUGUUUGAGUUCUCCUAGAAGAGCUAUGUGGUGGUCUCUUAUGCCUACCUUUUCAUGGGCCUAAGGAAUGUGGGAACGGAGUCAGAAGUUACUGCUUUAAGCAGCAAAUUUUUGAAAUAAAUUUAAUGCUUGUAAUCUAAAUAUUUUGCCAGUCUAGUGCAGUAAGAUUUGAUAAUACAUACCAGCUAUGGAAACUGAAUCACCUGGGGAAUACCAACUUCGGUAGAGUUCCUUCUGGUAUCCAAUGCAGCAGAAACACCAUAUUGGAAAUAACAGUCGUUUCACAGGUAUUACUGGUUUUUUGAAUUUCUUCACCACUGCCUCCAUUUUGAUUAAUGACUGAGCUAAGCUGUUGUUAAUCACAAAUAGAUGCAAAAGCCUUUGAUGUCAUCUUGCAACAGCACUGGAGAAGGAGGGGAAAGGAACACACAAGAUUGUAGCUCAUAGCCUUGUCUCUACUUUUACAGAGUUUAAAUAUGCCACAGAAUUAAACUUGUAUCCGAAUUUUUGAGAAGAGCUAUUCUGAAGCUUUAAUAAAGUUUUAAUAAAGGUGUGAAAGGCUGUGAA